UGCAAGCCGCACUCAAAUUUCAAGCUGACAAGUUCGGUAACAUUAAUCUUAUAAUCAUUAGUAACAGUAAUAACAGUGAGUUUCUGCUACACUAACGCUAGUAAAAACAUCAGUAGUAGUAGUAGUAGUAGUAGUAGUAGUAGUAGUUGAGGUUGUAGUUUGUUAAAACACACACACAUGCACAAGAAAUUGUUGACGACCACACCAUAUAUAAAUACCGCGGUUCCUGCAUUUUAGCAUUGCAGAACUCGGGAUCGACACAUGAGAGCGCAACUGCCACAGGAAUACAAGAGACCAUACCACGCAGUGUUACCAAAACAACAUCCAAGAACGUCAUCACCAUUAUAAACCGACAUAAUUAUGAUAUGAAAAUAUAAAACAAUUAAGUACAAAUGGAUUAUUAGGACAAUAUAUCAUUCGGAAAACAUUGCAAUAUACUAAUCUGCAAUAUACUAAUUUCUCUUCUUACUCACUCAAGUAUCUAUCUAUCUAUCUAUCCUUCAUUUUAUACGCGGUGUUCAUAGAGAUUUGCUUGUUGUAUUGAGACAUUGUUUUGCGAGCUCUUCUGGACAUUACAUCAAAGAGAGCUGUCCAAUAAUGGCGAUCUCCAGGCCAAGAAUAUUUAUAUUCAGUGCAGUGUUCCUGUUCGUCUUACAAUUUUUUCCACAAGCGGUUUCCUCGAAUGGAAAACCGAAUGAAGCGUUGCUUGCAUCACGGGGACGUCUGAUUAAGGACCUUCUUGCAGCAUCCAACCCUCUUCUCAUACCUGCGACGGACGAAGCAGUCCAUGUCGAGCUAGAAUUCAUGAUCCACAAUAUUGAACUGAACGAACAAGAAAGGAAGUUUACAAUCGACGCUUAUUUCUCACAAAAGUGGAAAGAUGUCACGUUACGUUGGAACGCCAGUGAUUAUGACAAAAUACAGAUAAUCCGUCUUCCUGUCCGAAACUUUUGGUCACCUGAUAUAGUUCUUUUCAAUCAUCAAGGAUUGACAAACCCUCCGCCUCAUGACGCAGUCGUGUUUAGCUCUGGGGAAGUGCUGUACGUUCCAAGAAUCACCGAGUCAGCUGUGUGUGCGCUUGCUAUGUCCAAAUUCCCUUUUGACACCCAGACAUGUAAACUGGUAUUUGGGUCCUGGGCGUACAACAGUCUCGAAGUCAAUAUAUCCUCAUCUCCUCGUUCUGUUAUCUCGGAAGAUUACGUACCUAACGAGAAGUGGGAAAUCGUCAGCACAGAGUCCGAAAUAGAGAAUAGACAGUACGCCUGCUGCCCGGAGAGUUAUAUGACUUACAUCAUGACAUUCACUUUGCGCCGGCACUUCGUGUACUCUUGUCAAGUACUGAUUUUCCCAGCUAUAAUAAUCGCGGCACUGAUUCCUUUUAUGUUCUUGUUACCUUCAGAAUCUAAAGAACGUAUAACCCUAGGAAUCGCACUCAUAGUGGUAUGUGUCAUGCAGAUUAACGUAAUCAACAACAGCCUACCGAAAGGCUAUUCGACCACCCCGGUUAUUUUGACGUACCACGUGCUCACGUUGUUCUUGGUUGCUUUGUCUGUGAUUCUGUCAAUAUUCAUCCUGAACAUUUACAACAGAGGACCAAGAAGAAAGAAGAUGCCGCAGAUAUUGCGAACGAUAUUCCUGAAAGGAUUACGUAAGUUGGUUUGUCUUGGAGACGAUACUUACCAACCGACUGACGAGCAAGAGGCAAUGAGCAUGCGCGGAAAAGACGUCGUCGUUGGAGUAAAUGAGGAAAAGCCUCCACAGACAUCCGGCGGAAAUAUGGACGAAAUCAACAAACACAUGCAAUCCUUGGCACAGCGAGAUAGCAUCCUGGAUGCUCGCCAAGAAAUCCUUUCCGAAUGGCAGCAGUUGGCGAUGGUCAUCGAUCGUAUCCUGUUUAUUUUGUUUUUGAUUGUUUUUAUUAUCUCUACAAUAAGUCUCUUUCCUGAUGCCUCGUACAGAGGGAUUCAACAGGAAAAUUAACUAAUAUGCAUGUAUAUUAUA